AGGCAGGCUUUGCCUUUUCUGGUAGUUAAAGUCGCUGAAAGAACAAGCAGGAAUUCUUGGUGCUGCAGAAGGGCUGAGAUAUAAACCAGACUGUAGACGCUAAUGUAUGACAGGAGGGGAGACACUGUUGCCCAUGGACUAAACUUCAGCUGCUGCUAAGUGAGAACGUGAGGAGAAUCUUUUGGGCAUCAUGGACGACGACUUUGAACGCCGCAUGGAGCUGAGGAGGCAGAGGAGAGAGCAGAUGCGCAACGAAUCUGAAAACACGGACUCCUCCGGGCUCGGCGGCGGAGGAUCAGAGGACGACCAGGCCCUGCUGGAGCGCCUGGCCAAGAGGGAGGAGCGCAGGCAGAGGAGGAUGAAGGAGGCCUUGGAGAGGCAGAGGGAGCUCGACCCCACGAUCGGCACCGCCAACGGCACGGACAGCGCGCUGGAGGAGCAGUCCUCCACCAGCAGACAGCGACGUAAGGACGACGAGGAAGAGGCAAAGAGUGAGGAGAAAUCUGCACCGGAGGAGGUGACACACACUGAUACUAACUCCUGGAGGAAAGAGGAGGAAGACAAGAGGGAGGAUGUGAAUGAAUCUGUUGAAGAAUCCAAACCACCAGCCACAACAAACGAGGAGGUUGAGGAGAAAUCUGAAGAAGCUGAGGUGGAGGCUGAGCAGCCCAGCGAAGCGAAGGAAGAUGCCGAAGAGGAGGCUGCACCGGCUGCUGACAACGAGGAAGAGGAAAGGAGGAAGAAGGAAGAGGAGGAGGAAAAGCAGAGGAUAGCGGAGGAGGAGAGGCAAAAACGAGAAGCCGAGGAAAAACUCAAGAAGGAGGAGGAAGAAAGGCAACAGAGGGAGGAGGAGGAAAGGAGGAAGAGGGAAGAAGAGGAGAAGCAACGAAGAGAAAUGGAAGAGAGGCUCAAACAAGAGGAGGAGGAAAAGCAGAAGGAGAAUGAGGAAAAAACGAAACAAGAACAGGAGGAACAGCAGAAAAAGGAGAUGGAGGAGAGGAUGAAGAAGGAGGAGGAGGAGAAACGGCAAAAGGAGGCGGAGGAGAAGAAGAAGCAAGAGGAGGAGGAGAAGCGGAGGAAAGAAAUGGAAGAAAAGAAGAAAAAGGAAGAGGAGGAGGAGGACAAGCGCAAAAAGCAAGAGCUGGAGGAAAAGAAGAAGAAAGAGGAGGAGGAGAAGCAAAAGAAAUCCGGACUUAAGGAGAAGAAUGAACCAGCCAAACAGAACGGAGCACUGGAGAACAAAUUUAAGAAAGCAGAGAAGACAACGAGGGACGCGGCUCCAUCCUCCAAGGAGGAGGCCGAGCGAAAGGAGGCCGAGCGCAAGCUGCUGGAGCUGCAGCAGCGACGGAACAACGUGGACAAUGUGGAGAUCGAGAAGAUGAAGCAGAAGCAGCAGGAGUCAGAGGCCGAGCUGGAGGAGCUGAAGAGGAAGAGAGAGGAGAGGAGGAAGAUCCUGGAGGAGGAGGAGAGGCAGAGGAAGCAGGCGCUGGAGGACAAGAAGGCCAAGGAGCAGGAGGAGAGAAGGAGGAUGAAGGAGGAGAUUGAGAAAAGGAGGGCGGAGGCUGCAGAGAAGAAAAAACAGAUGGGGGAGGCUCCGAAACCUGCCUUUACUAUCAGUCCCAAAGGCUCUUCUAAGAUCGGUGAGAAGGCAACGUUCCUCAGCAAAUCUGCCCAGAAAAGCACCGUAGGCAGAGUGGCACACACUCCAAUUGUCUCCAAGAUUGGCAACAGACUGGAACAGUAUACUUCUGCCCUCCAGGGAGCCAAAGAAGUAAAACCCCCCAAGUCUCCGGUGCCAGAUAUUCCCACAGGAGGAACACGCAGCAUCAAAAGCAUGUGGGAGAAAGGCACCAUCCCCAGCUCCUCUGAAAGUCCAGCUCCUGCAAGCAAGGAUUUGUCUAGCAUUAAAGGAGGGGUGACUGGCCGUGUCAACAGUUGGAUGGCAAAGCCUGCGGAAGCGGAGAAGACGGCAGCAUCUGCACCUGCAGCGGCAGCUUCACCGGCACCAGCAGCAGCAAAGCCGGCAGAUGCAAAACCAGCUGAUACCGGCAACAAGCGCGGCAUGUGGGAGGCCAAGAAGGGCUCUGCACCUGCCAAGGUGGCAGUUGGAGGCAAGAACAAGUUUGUCACUAAUGCAGGCGUGAGACCGUAACCAAGCAUCCCCCAAACACAGAGCUCUGCUACUGUACAUGCAUCUUGUUCCCCACGCCUGCAUAUCGCAUGAGGUUCUCACCUGAAUGAGGGAAAAGAGGAAGCUCCAGGCUGAGUGACACGAAAAGAUUCCAGCUUCAAAGUCUUCCAGCUUUAUUUACAGUAACUUUGCACUCGUUCAGCUAAGCCAUACCCGUUUUCCUGAAAAAAAUGAAAAAUGUUUAAAAAAAAAAAUGUUAUUUUCAUCAAACCAGAUUUUUUUUUUUAGCACAAAAGAAAAAUCAAUGUACAUGCUACACUUCAUUAGGGGUUUUAGAGGAAAUUAUAUAAAUACAUAAACACCGAACAUUUAAACAACCAAAGUUUGAACAACAGCUAUUGCAAAUUAUCUGGAGCCUUGAAGUCAGGACACACGAAUGCUCAUUUCCUUUUAGUCCACAUUAGUCAAUGUUCUCACAGUGUAUCCGGGCCCUGAUGUUACUGUGUCAUAUCUUAAACCUGAUCAUUAAUAAGUCUAUCUACUACCACUCAGCUGGAUGUUUCGAUAACAAGCAUGUAUAUAAUUGAUUUAUUUCAUAAGUCGGUACAAGUUUCUUUUAAAGCGCCCUUCAUAAAGGGUUUAUAAAUAGCGAGUAAUGAGUGGUUCAUGUAUCCUUUACAAUCGCUUCAUAGAUCAGUUCAGCCAUUUUACAAGAACAACUUUGGGGUCGUAAAGAAACCUCUGUGGCUGAUGUUUACACUUUUGGCACCACUUUCUGCAAUGACUUUGCUUAAUACUGCAUUAUCAAUGAGUUUUAUGACAAUAAUAAUUCAAGACCAAAACCACAUCUACUGGAUGGAUUAGCACGACACUUUUUUAACAUCUGUGUCCUCACCAAGAUGCUUUUUAAAGGUAAUGACGUGACUUUUUCACAUCAAAACUUACUUGUGUCUAAGAGUUUGUUUGAUGCGCAAACACCUGUAGAGCUGAUGACAUUACUAUGAUGACAUUCCAUGGUACAUUGUGGCUGCUUAGCCAAUGUUACCAUGAAAAACAGACAUUAUACCAGGUGGUCCUAUCACUCUAAGUUAAGUUGGGUCUUAAUGAGUUCUUAGCAUUUAUAUUAUGAAGAGUUUAUUAGAAAAUUAACAUCACUAGCUUAUCUAACCUCUGUAGUAGGGGGCUCUUAUAAUAAAGUGGCGCUUCACAAGUCCGCCACCGCAAACCUGAAGGUAAUAUCAACCUGCAACCAAGAAACCAAGAUCCUGAAUGUAUAAUUUAGAUUCCAACAAAGCCUAUGAAUAGUUGUGGACGCAUGCCUCUACUAUAAGAACAGCAGCCAACUUCAAUCUACUAUCGACAGCGUCCUGUACGUUUUUGGUUUUCUUUACGUUGCAGCAUCAGCAAAGGUUUCCAAGACAACUCCCAUACGCACCAAGUUUGAUCAAAGCCUGUAAUUAACAUUAUAAAUGCAGCCGGGUGUUUCUGUCAGCACUGCACAUGAGUUAAAUCCAAUAUGCCAAUAUGUAUUGUGAGUAUUUCGGUAUUGUUGUAGUGGAUUGCUUUUCUUCUUUCUUUUUGUUUGUAAGGCUUCAGCAAUAAAUACAAUGAAAAAAAAAAAAAA